GGGUGUCUGCUGAUUUGCAGCUCUCUCCGUGACGUGAACGUAGGCGGACCUCUGUUUCUUAGCGCUCCGCUGAUUGGUAGGAGGAUGCAGUGACGUAUCCAAGGCUCAGCCGCACCCUGACACGCCCACUCCCGCAUUCCGCGUUCUUAGCUACAAGUUACACCUCACCCGCCUUACGCAACCCUUGAGAUCCGCGCGUACCCGGAUACCCGUUGCCUCUAUUCCGGGUGUCUGCUGAUUUGCAGCUCUCUCCGUGACGUGAACGUAGGCGGACCUCUGUUUCUUAGCGCUCCGCUGAUUGUUAGGAGGAUGCAGUGACGUAUCCAAGGCUCAGCCACACCCUGACACGCCCACUCCCGCAUUCCGCGUUCUUAGCUACAAGUUACACCUCACCCGCCUUACGCAACCCGAGAGAUCCGCGCGUACCCCGAUACCCGAAUGGCGUUCCCAUAUUCUAAUUCAGGAUUCCCAGGUUACCCAGGGAGUGACCCAGCAUAUCCGCCUGGCAGUCAGCAGGGGUAUCCUGGUGGAGCUUUCCCUCCUGCUGGGGGAGGUGCUUUCCCACCUGCAUCUGGAGGUGGUUACCCAGCCGCAGGUGGCUACCCUGCACCUGGUGGCUUUCCUGGAGCGUGCCCUCCUGGCAGUGUGCCAUCUUAUCCUGGUGGUCCAGGCUAUGGGGCUCCUGGCGGAGGGGCUGGAUAUGGGGCCCCUUCUGGUGCACCAGGAUAUGGGGCACCCCAAGGGUUCCCUGGGUAUGGAGGGCCUGGGUUUGGUGCCCCAGCUGGUGGUUUUGGAGCACCAGGUGCAGGUGGCUUUGGUGCCCCUAGUGCCGGUGGCUUUGGAGCUCCUCCUGGCGGGUACGGUGCACCUGCUGGUGGGUAUGGGCCCCCUGCCGGAGGGCAGGGAUACGGAGGCUAUCAACAACCUUCUGCACAGACCUACGGAGGAGCAGUACCGGGGCAAGCUCCAGGUGGAUACCCCAGCGGGCCGGCACCAGGACAGCCACAGGCGCCUUUCGCAGCUGCCAUGAGCGCCACACAGGGCACAAUAAAACCAGCCGCCAAUUUUGAUGCUUUAAGUGAUGCUGAAAAGUUACGGAAGGCAAUGAAAGGGUUUGGAACGGACGAGCAAACCAUUAUUGACAUUGUGGCAAAUCGCUCUAAUGACCAGAGGCAGAAGAUUAAGGCUGCGUUUAAGACUGCUUAUGGGAAGGAUUUAAUAAAAGAUUUAAAGUCUGAACUUAAUGGUAAUGUUGAGGAGCUGAUUAUCGCUCUCUUUAUGCCGUCUACAUACUAUGACGCCUGGAGCUUGUACCAUGCCAUGAAGGGAGCAGGUACUCAGGAGCGAGUUCUCAUUGAGAUUCUGUGUACGCGGUCAAACAGUGAAAUCCGCAACAUUGUAGCCUGUUACAAAUCUGAGUUUGGCCGAGACAUUGAGAAAGAUAUCCGAUCGGACACCUCGGGGCACUUCGAGAGGCUGCUUAUAUCCAUGUGUCAGGGAAAUCGUGAUGAGAGCCAAACUGUGAACCGUCAGCAAGCUCAGCAAGAUGCCCAGCGCCUGUACCAGGCUGGAGAGGGCAAGCUGGGCACAGACGAAUCUUCCUUUAAUCUAGUGCUGGCAAGUCGGAGUUUCCCUCAUUUGAAAGCUGUUGUUGAGGAAUAUUCUAGAGUUGCAAAUCGCGACUUGAUAAGCUCCAUCGGCAGAGAGUUCUCUGGAUAUAUAGAAGACGGGUUGAAGGCAAUUUUGCAGUGCGCUCUGAACCGACCGGCCUUCUUCGCUGAAAGACUUUAUCGCGCCAUGAAGGGCGCAGGCACAGACGAUUCUACCCUGAUCAGAAUUAUUGCCACGCGCAGUGAGAUUGAUCUGGUGCAGAUUAAACAAGCCUUUACACAGAUGUUCCAGAAGACUCUCGCCACCAUGAUCUCUAGCGACACAAGUGGUGAUUACAGGCGUUUGCUGUUGGCGAUCUCUGGCCAGUAGGUAACUCAUCGAUGGACUCCGUGCUGUGUGAGGGAACCUGUUACUUGUGUGUGGGUUAGGCCUACAUUGUGUUUUUUUAUACUUUUGCCUUAAAAAUAUAUCUAGUCGGUUUCACUUCACGCAAAUGUAUAGCACUUCGAGUGCAGUCUCUCUGGGAAGUCUCUGUCUAGUUUGUUUACAGUAAGAAAUCCACUCUUUGUAUAGGAAAUGUGUAUAGGAACAAGUGUUCCUGUGUGUUUGUAAAACGGCUAUUUACAGAAAUAAAGGUUAAUGUCAGAUACUUCUAUAGCAUGAAUAAACCUGACAUUUUCUAACA